AAGUGGCAGCCCGUUUCACAACUCAACACACUACACGACGUACAAAUGGAUACAAAACGUCUUUCUGCUGACGGUUCACUGUGUGCGCCGCCAUGUUUCUGUGACGUCAGGAUUGUUCAUUCCGGAGAAGUGGCCCGGGAAAGCUUCCCGGUCCGAUUUCCAAUUCCCCUUAAACUCAUCGCCACUUGUCGCCCACACGCGCAUGGGGGAAGUAAUCCAUCAGGACUUUCUUCCUGCGCGUGCGCAUUUCACAGACCAGGAAGCACGCUGCUUCCAGUCAUGUGACAAUAAUACAACUCUCCGUGUGGUCGGUCAGACGCUGUAAAACGUGCAACUUCUGUUUAUACUCUUUUUGGUAACUAUUUGCAAGGUAAAUAUAUGAAUAUUAAUACAGAACGUCACAAGGAGAAUGUAAGCACGUGGGGAUAAAGACCACUUUUUAAAGCAGUGCUAAGCUAGCGACAUACUGUGUAGUCUGUACCUCAUGUAUGGUUUUUCCUAAAACAUGUCAGCACAGAUGGUUGCACAUGAAUCCGAUCUGAACAGGUCCGUGCUCCGCUCUAUAAUGCCGCCUAACUGUGGCGGACUUAACGCAGGUCUCCCCCGGCUGCUAUCGGGGUGAAAGUCCAGCUCGCAGACUGAACGUCGGGUCGUUGGCCUCUGCAGUGUGAACCAGGAUGGCUCCGCUGAAGUUCUGCGCGAACCUCUCCUGGCUGUUCACGGAGCUGCCGGACUUCAGCCAGAGGAUGUACGCGGCUGCCUCGGCGGGCUUUCGGGCGGUGGAAGCCGGCUGGCUGUACGACUCCGAGCUGCAGGAGCUGCAGAGAGCCAGAGAGGCUACAGGGGUGGAGGUGAUCCUCAUCAACACCCCGCCCGGAAAUGUAAAGGCAGGCGAUCUGGGUCUUGGUGCUGUUCCCGGAAGAGAGGCAGAGUUCAGACAGGGUCUGGAUCUGGCUUUGAAGUAUGCAAGAGCUUUGCACUGCAAAAGGAUCCACCUGAUGGCGGGGAGGGUUCCCGCCGGCUCACACAGAAGAGAGGUUAACGAGGAGAUGGAGGACAUCUUUGUGGAGAACCUAAACUAUGCUGCUGAUAUCCUCUCAAAGGAAGGAAUCACUGGUUUGAUUGAGCCAAUCAACACGAGGAUAACAGACCCCAGGUACUUCCUGGACUCUCCUCAUCAGGCAGCUGCAAUUCUGGAGAAGGUUGGAAAGCCAAACAUCAAGCUGCAAAUGGACAUCUUUCACUGGCAGAUAAUGGAUGGAAACCUGACGCAGAACAUACACAAGUAUUUACCCAUCAUCGGUCAUGUUCAGAUGGCUCAGGUUCCCGGCAGGAAUGAGCCCAACAGUGCUGGAGAGCUCAACUACAGCUACCUGUUCACCACACUGGAGAACCUCCACUACCAGGGAUACGUCGGCUGUGAAUACAGGCCACUAGGCUCCACAGAGGAGGGUCUGGGUUGGAUGGAAGAUUAUGGCAAAACCAGCAAGUGAUGAGCAGGUGACCAGUCACAACGCGGUGCACGAUUCACCUGCUUAAUGGCAGACGUCUUAUACGAGUUCACUUCUUCUACCAGGGCUAACUCUCCUCUUUUUCCUCUGAACAGUUUCUAGUGGCCACACAGUGUAUUUAAAGUAUUUACUGUACUUUGAUGUAGUAUAUUGUAUAUUUUACUGUUUAAAUGACCAGUGGUUCUCUUGCUCUUUGUUAUCAAGACACUUUUCUUUCUUUCUCAACUAACAUUGGAUCAGUUUUUUAAUGUAUCGGUAAACUAUUUGAUCAUGUAUCACUGUCAAAAAUAAAUAGUGAUAUCUAUCCUAAAAGAUGUUGAUGAAUUCUCUAUAAAUUGGGAAUGUUUGUUGAUCAUGAAAUGUACACAUCUCCCCGUUGGUCUUUCUGAAAGUGAACAAAGAAAUGAAAUGAUGCGAGCUCAUUGAUACAGGUAUGGCGGGGGCGUCAUCAUAGGACAUAUAUCCUAACGGCUGGUCUGAUCUUUACUUGAGUUUCAAAGAUAAAAAACCUUCCUAUUGCUCAAGCAAGUCCUCACCUCACGGCUGUGUUCUAUCCCAUCACAUGGCCCCAUCUCAUCCCAACUACAUCCGUUUAACUGAUGAUUCAAUCAACACUCGCCCGUGCAUAGAUUUUAAAGCCUUUCAAUCAUAUUUCAGUGUUCAUGUUCCCAUUUUCAUUGGCAUUGCCAUACAGACAUAACAGUGAGGUUGCUAUUUUUGUCAGUUAUUUUGAGUUUAGGACGGGGCCUCUGCCGUCGUAACCUAGGAUGAUGGUUCUGGAAUAGCUACAGUCCUACUCUUGGUAAUAGGACUUGUUUUUCUGAAUACAGUUGGGUGAACGGGUUUCCGUAAUACUACCUAAUGUCACCAUAAACUGAGAUGAGAUAGAGUUUCUGUAAUGUUUGAUUUACCGAUAUGCCUGCUGUGAUGGUUUAUUGUGGAGCUGUAGUUCCCUCUAUUCAGAAGCAAAGAUGUUCGGA